CGCAGCCGAGCCGGGGCGGGGCCAGGGCCGGGGCGAGUCCUGAUAUAGGGCGGUCCCGGCCGCCGGCAGCACAGAGCGGAGACUGCAGCCUCGGAGCCCGGCUGUCUCAUCCUCUCCUCACCGGUCCGCCCGCGCCCUUCCGCUGCAGUCACCGCCGAGCUGCUGUCUAGAGCCCAACCCCGCUACCAUGAAAGUCUGGCUGGUGUCCCUGCUCCUCUGCGCCCUGGCUGUGAGGGACUCGGAAGGCAGCUAUGAACUUGGAGCAUCGGGUGAAUCAAACUGUGGCUGUCAGAACGGAGGAAUAUGUGUGUCCUACAAAUAUUUCUCCAACAUUCGUCGAUGCAGCUGCCCAAAGCGGUUCCAAGGGGAGCACUGUGAAAUAGAUACAUCAAAAACCUGCUAUGAAGGGAAUGGUCAGUCUUACCGAGGAAAGGCCAACACGGACACCAAAGGCCGGCCUUGUCUGGCCUGGAACUCUCCUACUGUCCUUCAGAAAACCUACCAUGCCCACAGAUCUGAUGCUCUUUACUUGGGCCUGGGGAAGCACAAUUACUGUAGGAACCCUGACAACCGGAAGCGACCCUGGUGUUAUGUGCAGAUUGGUCUAAAGCAGUAUGCCCAUGAGUGCAUGGUAUAUGACUGCUCUGUGGCAAAAAGGCCCUCUUCUCCUCUGGAUCAACAAGGGUUCCAGUGUGGUCAGAAGGCUUUGAGGCCCCGUUUUAAGAUUGUUGGUGGAGAAUUCACCAUUAUCGAGAACCAGCCCUGGUUUGCAGCCAUCUACAAGAAGAAUCAGGGAGAAAGCCCUCCCUCCUUUUUAUGUGGGGGCAGCCUCAUCAGUCCUUGCUGGGUGGUCAGCGCCACACAUUGCUUCAUUAAUUACCCACGGAAGGAAGACUAUGUUGUCUACCUGGGUCAGUCAAAGCGGAACUCCUAUACUCCUGGAGAGAUGAAGUUCGAGGUAGAACAGCUCAUCUUGCAUGAGGAUUACAGCGCUGACAGCCUGGCCCACCAUAAUGAUAUUGCCUUGCUGAAGAUCCGCACCAGCAUGGGCCAUUGUGCACAGCCAUCCCGGUCCAUACAGACCAUCUGCUUGCCUCCAAGGUUUGGUGAUGCCAAUUUUGGUUCAAGCUGUGAGAUCACCGGCUUUGGAAAAGAGAAUGCCACUGACUACAUCUAUCCAAAAGACCUGAAAAUGUCUGUUGUGAAGCUUAUUUCCCAUCAGGAAUGUAAGCAACCCCACUACUAUGGCUCUGAAGUCACCUACAAAAUGCUGUGUGCUGCUGACCCACAGUGGGAAACAGAUUCCUGCCAGGGUGACUCUGGAGGACCUCUCAUCUGUGACACCAAUGACCGCCCAACUCUGACUGGGAUUGUGAGCUGGGGUCGUGGAUGUGCCUUGAAGAACAAGCCUGGUGUCUACACAAGGGUCUCACACUUCCUACGCUGGAUUGAAGCCCACAUUGGAGAAGAGAACGGCCUAGCUCUGUGAGGACCCCCAGGGCACUGAGGGAAGAAACUGAUGGAUCACCCACUUCCAUGCUGACCGUCAUCUCUGCAGUAGGAUCGUCUCCAUCAGCUGUAAGGAAGAGGCUGAGAAAGGCAUGCUCUGCAGGGAUUGUUUGCUUGUGCCGCCCACCAAGGUGAGCAAUAAUAGCUUUACCCUCAGACACAGGCCUGGGUGCUGGCCACUCAGACCCUCCUGACCAGGAUGAAGAGGUGGUCCUAAAUCAGGAUGAUAUUGACCAGGAGUUGUUUUUUCUGGACUAAAGCCUCCUGCAGUUAAAAACUGUCUCCUGUGGAUGGGUAGGAGGACAGUUAGUUCCUCUAACAGGGUCAUUCAUGAGGCCUGAUGUUGGGAAAUGUAUGAUUUCCCAAUUAAGAAAUGUAACAACUGAGGUCUUUUGAAGGGCCUUGUCCAAUGUGGGAACAAUGGUUUGUGGAGUAGAGACACUAACGGCUUGAAGGAAGGACUCUGUUAGUCCAUGGAUGGAUCAGGAAAUAUUAUAUAUGUGUAUGUGUCUAUGCACUGUGCACCAGCUGAGUGUAGGCCUGAGAAAGAAUUGGUGUGUUCCUGUGUCUAACUGUAAGUCGAGGCAUUUCCCUAAACUCUGGACUGUGAUUCUGGGGCCACUGGGUCUCCCAUGUGAUGCUCCAUGUGAAUGUAUCAUUCUCAGGCAUGAUCCGUGACCAGCACUAAAUGUCUAUUUCAUUUUUACAUAGAUACCCAUUUCUUGGCCAGUUAUCCUUUUUGACUUACUAAACUUGUUCAUCCAAUCCUCACUGGGUGGAGUAAGGACCACUCCUAGAUACUUAGUAUUUAAUAAUUAUAUUCUACUAUUUUUAUUUAUAUCUAUUUUUUAUAAUUUUGAAUAAAGUGAUCAAUAAAAUGUGAUUUUUCUGAA